AUGUCGCCAGUCGACCACACAAAUACCUCUGAUGUUAUGGCGGAUAGCCACGCAUCGCGAGACCUGACGACGUCUGAUUUCGAUCCAGAUCAUGAAGCUCUCGUAUCAACGAGACAGCUAGACAAUAGCCACCGCCAGCGCCUACCAAAUCGUGCAAAGCCACGCGACGUGCAGACAGAUCCGGAAGCAGAACCAGACUUCGCCAUCGACACGUCAGCUCUUCACCGGGCUUUUCCAGACUUCUCCGACGCAUCCAGCUCAGAGGAGGAAGAUGAUAUCUCUAUAGAAAUGGGACGGGGAGGCAAGAAACCCUUGCAACGGUUAGAUGACUCGAGGGAUUCGGUCAUGAGCGUUGACGACAGUCGAUACUCUGCAUCACCAGUGGUUAGGGGAGAUCGUUUUAGCAAUUCUCCCCACAGGGCUGCUCUGCGCUCAAUCCCAAAUAGGGGAUUGUCAGCGAGAGAUAGCCUUCGCAAGGAUGCCCAGAUACGACGCGCCAGUCUCGCUUUGAAAAAUAAUAACGUCCCUCAAGACGCAAGGAAUAAAAGCGGGAGCCAGCGGCGUACUCUGUCCGAAAUGCACGCGAAAGCCAGUGAAGCGUACGAUGGGUCAUACGUUAGCGAUGAACGACCGGCAAAUAUCACAUCUACUACGAGAAAUACUCGUUUCGGCAGCAUGCGACAAGGUGCUAAAGUCGUGGAUGCCGUCAACAAAGCAGCUGGCAAACCUUAUCUCAAGCAUCAUGAUGCAGACGUAGAUCGUGGAGAGCUUAGAAGACAACCGGUUGCGAAGACCGCCGAAAAUAAUGCCACUGCGGACAAUCUUACUCACCAGUCCUUUGCUCUUCCUGAUAUACCGAAUCUCUCUGAUCUCGUCUCCGGGAUUUAUGAAGAUGGAACGCCAAAGGGACGAUCGCGAACGACACGCUUCACUUCACCUCCCGCUGUAGGAACUGCUCAUCGCCAGCGCCAUGAACAUUUCCCUCUUGACUCUAUCCCCGUUCCGGAUGACGAAAAGGCCAUUUUUAUUUCCUUGAAAUUGCUUCAGGAAAAACUUGAAGCCCUCCAGAUGGACAAAUCCGAUAUGGAACGUAGACUUGAAGAAAUUGAAGAAGAGAAUAUGAUAUUGAAGAGUGAAAACACUCGCUGGCAGAAGCAAGAUAAAAACUUGAGAAUGUAUGGCGGUGAUGAAGAUAUUAAUGAUGGAAGAAGAAAUGGCAACCAUUCUGUUCAAAGGAGUAGAUUGGAAGCAGCCAAUUCGGCACUUCAGAAUCGGUUAGAUAUCUUUACCCGCAAAAUUUCCAGCCACGAGACUAGAAUUCAGCACUUGAUACAAGAACGCGACUCAGCCCGGACCCAAUUAGGCGUGGCUUAUCUCAAUUUGCAGGAACUGAAGUUGGAAAACGACGUGUUGGGACAGGAGAACGAUGAACUGAAGAUUCAACUUGAAUCGCUGACUGAGUACCCCGAAGCAACGUAUGGCAAACAACAUAAGCAGACUCACGAUUCCAAGACAAUUGGUCGAGGCAUCGCCACCAGAGACCAGAUCGAAACAACGGAAACUAAUCGAACAAGGCCAGCUCGAGCUGUUGAAAGUCUGGACGCUGAUGCUUCAGUCCGCAAAAAUGCUGUUGAUGCACAAAGGCAAAACUCACAUAACAUUCAUACCCGACAACAGAAGCAGACUGAAUAUGACGAGCUAUUCUCUCUCGACUUGUCCCAUCUUAGUGUGCAGCAGCACACUAGACAUACGAAGACACGAGCAAAUACCACCGAAAAGAAGCUUCCCAACACCAGCAAACAGCGUACCAAGAAACCUAUUAUUGAAUAUUCCGAAGAUAUCGAGCUGUCGGAGGGAGAAAUGGGGACGGAAACAAGAGGUUUCCGUUACCGCAAUGGACCAGCCAACGAUUUAACAUUUCUUAGCUUCAUUGACGCCAAUGAGAUAGCCCAACUUCGCAAAACACUGGAGGAGGAAAGGGUUGCCCGUAAUAACCGCCUCAACCGUGACUUUACUGAACAAAGCAAAAUUAGCAAUCUCACGCUCAGAACGUCUGGGAACUUUAAGCAAAGCGCACCACUGAAGUCAUUACUGAAGAAUGCUGUAUCUAGAGACGGGCGCACGGUGACAGUUGAAGUGCCUGGUGUUGACAUCACGGAGCAAGGGGCGGCUGCGAAUACCACCAGAGAUUUGUCGCAGCGCAUUGACACCAGACGCCGACAGAAAAGGACAGAGGAAAUGACAUCAGCGUUCAUUCUCCCUGAUAUUACGAUGCAUGGUGUUACCGCUAAACCUGGAGAACCACUCAAGUUGUCAGAAGCUGCCCAGCGUGUUUUGGAUGAUGUCGCGCAGCAUGAUGGGAAGAACUGCUCAGUUUGCAAAAGUGUCAUGAACAAGAAUUCCACCCAUGAUCAUAGUGGUGAAGGACAUGACUCCAUUAAGGUCUCUAAACCCAUCCCUGUCUCCGAUCGCAUGCCAGAUCCAUCGCCAUAUAACGAAGAGCCUACCCUCCGUCCGUCACAGCCACCAGCUGUGGCUCUUGCUGCCGUUCUAAAAUUGUUAGAAGACGAGCUGGCACAUCUGAAAAUGCGACUUGCUCUUCAACAGACAGCAUUGAACAAACAUGAUGCGUCGCUUGGCAAGAAGCAACGAAAGUCCAUACUCCAUACAAUUGAGGCUAUUUUAAGGGAAAUCGAUAUGAAGUCUGAUCAGAUUUAUGCUCUCUAUGAUGUUCUAGAGGGCCAGAAGGAAAAUAGCCACGAGAUGACGCAAGAUGAAGUGGAUGUUACAUUGCAGUCUAUUGGCCUUGGCCGGGUCACGGGAAAAGGCGCUAGUGAUUAUACCGACCGUCUUGGGAGAAACGAUCCCAAGGAUAAAGACGCCACGAGAGCUCAUGACAGUGAGGGCGAUAGUGAUUAUGACGAACUUCCGUGGGAAGGGUUUGAGAGCACUGGUGAUGUGACCGGACGGAGUUUCUCCAGAAAAGCCGGGAAGUCUUCUUCCUAACGUAUCCAUUACCAAAAAGAGCUCUCGUGAUC